AAAACUGUCGAUUGAAGUGUCAAAAGUGGCAAUUCUCCUCGUUACAUCACGUUUUUUGAUUAACAGAGAGUUUUAGGUCGAAAAUUUACUUGAAAAUGUUAAAUAAUUUACAGUCAAUUGUUUAGAUAUCGCUGAAUAAAUAGACUCAAGCGAAUUCUGACCAUUGAGAAUAAUUAAAAAUGAACGAUAGUAAACAGUUUAUCGUCAGCUUCGUACAAUAAAUUGUUUCCUUUAAAUUUUCCUUUUCGUUAUUUUAAAUUGAACUGUGCAUCGCAAUUACGUAUAUUAUAUUUGCAACACUAAUUUUAAGUCAAGUUGAUCCUAUUAUUAUUUUGCGUCUUACGCGCAGUUAACAUUUUAAAAGAACCAUCCAAAUCAUUUAUCGGACGAAUAAAAAAAAAUUGAAAAUUCUAAACAAAAACUUUAAAAAUAAUGGCGGCAUAUUUGAAUCGUACCAUAUCGCUGGUCACUGGUAAUGGGACUUCUUCAUCGACAUACGAUGCAAACUCGUUGACGGAUUCACCGCGUAAUUUACACAACACAUCCACCGAAAAUUCUCCGCUCCAGGUUUUUGUACGAGCUAAAAAACGGAUCAACGACAUCUUCGGUGAAAUCGAGGAGUACGUGGUGGAAACAGCUCGCUUCAUUGAUGAACAUCCGGCCGAAGUGAAAAUUGUCGACGUAGAAGAAUCACAACAGUUCCAAAGCUAUGUGCAGAAAGUGGCUGGAAUACGAUCGGUACUAUCGCGAGAUCACAUGAAAGUUGCAUUUUUCGGCCGAACAUCGAAUGGAAAGAGUUCGGUUAUCAAUGCUAUGUUAAGAGAACGGAUACUUCCGUCCGGAAUCGGUCAUACGACAAACUGUUUCUGUCAGGUCGAAGGUGUGGACGGAAAGGAGGCAUACCUGGUCAAAGAGGAUUCGGACGAGAAAUUGAAUGUCAUCAACAUCAAACAGCUUGCCAACGCAUUGUGCCAGGAGAAGUUGAGCGAAAGUUCGUUGGUGAGAAUAUUUUGGCCGCGAGAACGUUGUAGUUUAUUGCGCGACGAUGUCGUUUUUGUCGAUUCACCUGGCGUUGACGUUUCACCAAAUUUGGACGAUUGGAUUGAUAAUCACUGCCUGAACGCUGAUGUCUUUGUACUAGUUUUAAAUGCCGAAUCUACGAUGACUUUAGCGGAAAAAUCUUUCUUCCACGAAGUUUCAAAGCGAUUGUCGAAACCGAACAUUUUUGUCCUGAACAAUCGAUGGGAUGCAUCUGCCUGUGAACCGGAGUUCCAAGAGUCGGUUAAAGCCCAGCACCAGGAACGUUGCGUUGACUUCUUGGUAAAGGAACUUAAAGUCAACACCACAAAAGAAGCCGAAGAACGAGUGUUUUUCGUGUCAGCUCGGGAAACCCUACAGGCUCGAAUCCAAGAAGCAGCUGGCCAACCAGCAAACACUGGAGCACUGGCUGAAGGAUUCCAGACGCGCUACUUCGAAUUCCAGGAUUUCGAACGCAAAUUUGAGGAAUGCAUUUCGAAGAGUGCGGUUAAAACAAAAUUCGAACAGCACAGCUCCCGAGGAAAGAGUAUUGCUCGCGACAUGCGAGCCAUGCUCGAUGGAAUCUACGAGCGUGCCGGUGUGAUUAGGAACCAAAAAAUGGACCAGAAAAAACAGUUAACCGAUCGAAUAGCCAGCACCGAACAGCAUCUGAUGAGCGUGACGCGUGAAAUGAAAUUGAAAAUUCACAACAUGGUGGAAGAGGUGGAACAGAAAGUGUCCAAGGCAUUGAAUGAAGAGAUCUGGCGUCUAAGCGUACUAGUCGAUGAGUUUAAUUUACCGUUCCACACGGAACCGCUGGUGAUGAACGUUUACAAGAAAGAAAUCAAUGCGCAUGUGGAAACUGGACUUGGAUCGAAUUUACGGUCAAGAUUGUCGACAGCAUUGGCUAUGAAUGUGGAAACAGCUCAACGAGAGAUGACCGAACGUAUGCACGCCCUGGUACCCAACGAAAAGGUUUCGCUGCAAACGAAACAGAUCAUGACCCGACCGCAACCAUUCGAAAUGUUCUACACACUCAACUGUCAAAAUCUCUGUUCCGAUUUCCAAGAGGACCUCGAAUUCCGUUUCUCAUGGGGCAUAACGGCCAUGAUUCAACGUUUCACCGGCAAAUCGAAAACCGUCAGCAAAGGUGCAAUACUGAACAAUCACAACAGCAGCAGCAACGUCCCGAAACUAAUGUCACCGAUGGCAAAUGAGCCCAGUUCACCGAUGUGCCUUAUGCCUCAAUCAGGAAUCACACCCGAACAAUUGUCGCUGAUAUCACGAUUUGCUGUGGCGUCGAUUGGUUCGCAGGGAACAGUUGGAGGACUGCUGGUUGGCGGUUUGCUCCUCAAAACAAUCGGUUGGCGUGUAUUGGUUGGUGUUGGAGCUCUAUACGGCUGUGUUUAUUUCUACGAAAGAUUGUCAUGGACUAACACCGCUAAGGAACGGACAUUUAAGAGCCAAUACGUACAGCAUGCAACCAGAAAAUUGAAACUUAUUGUAGAUCUAACAUCGGCGAACUGCAGUCAUCAAGUGCAGCAAGAACUCUCCAGCACAUUCGCUCGACUAUGUCGUGUCGUCGAUGCCGCCACAACUGACAUGAACGAAGAGCUAAAACAAAUCGAAGGCAGCUUAACAGUAUUGGAAUCGAAUCAGAAGCAAAUCAAAAUGUUGAAAAAUAAGGCCAACUACAUAACAAACGAGCUGGAGAUAUUCGAAGCCAAUUACAUUAAAUCCAAUUGAAGUGGAAACGAAGUGGCGUUGUAUAGUGCGCGACGACGAAAUUAGUUUUUGUUUGUUAAUAUUAAAGAAAAAUUAAAAAGAUGAAGUGAAAUGGAAGGUACGCUACUACUACUUGUUAUAUAGAUAGAAUUUUCUUUUAAAUAAAUGGUGAGAAAAGUACC